AUGUCCUUUCAGUUACGAAAAAUUUGGACCGUAGAUAAGACUGGAACUUUAGAUAAUCUUAGGAUAGUAGAAGAUGGCCUUCCUCCACCACCACCUGGAUUCCUUCGUAUAAAAUACUCGGGCUUUAUUCUGCAACACCUAAGGGCGCAUACGCCGGGGUUAGAAUUUUCGGGUGUAGUUGAGUAUGUCGGCGAGGGUCUGCGAAAAGAGGAAUGGCUGGAAAAACGUGUUUAUGGUGUGACUUAUUUUGGAGGGUAUGCCACUUAUAUCAAUUUGAAGAGUUCCUACGUGAGAAAAACGCCGGACGGAUGGACUGAUCAACAAGCCUGUGCUUAUGUGGUCCAGGGAUUAACAGCCUUCUAUGCGCUAGAAGAGCUCGGCCGACUUAAACCAAAUCAGACCGUCUUGGUACAUUCUGCGGCGGGUGGAUGCGGCUUAUCUGCGCUUUCAAUAUUGAACAAAAAAUCAGCGAAAGUUGUUGGCACCGUAGGAGCAUCGUUUAAAUUAGAUUUGCUAAAUGAGAAAUACGGCGAAAGUUCAAAUUUUAGUUUCAUUCUUCGUGAUCCCUCCAAAAAUUUUGAAGCACGAGCUAAAAAGGCAUUGUUACAAAUAACAUCAGAAAAAGAGGAAUUGUUUGAUAUUGUAUUGGAUAGUGUUAUGGGAGAUUGGUUUUUGCCAAACUAUAAUUUGUUGAAGAAAGAAGGCAGAUUGGUACUGUACGGUUCAGCAAGCUUAGCCCCAAAUAGUAAUCUCCAUCCUAUAUGGAAUGCAUUUCAAUGGCUGGGAUUAGGAUGGAAAUAUAUUUGGAGGCCCAAAAUUGACCCGUUAAAACUUAUGACAGAUAAUAAAGCGUUGCUUGGCUUCAAUCUAAUUCAUAUUUACGAACAUGAGGAACGAUUAGGUCAGAUCUUCGAUUCUCUCCAUAAUUUACAAUUAGAACCUCCUUAUGUUGGCCAUGAGUUUGACUUUGGCCGUGCUGUCGAAGCAUUAACUCUUAUGCACUCUGGAAAAAGUGUCGGCAAGAUAGUCCUUAAUGUAAAGCAUUAA